AGAGAGUCUCUGUCUCUCUCGGCACGAGUUUCCUCUCUUCGUAUUCUCUCUGAAUCUCUCUUCAAAAUCCAACAACUUCGAUGAGGCAAGACAGGAAACAUGUUUUAACCUUCUAGCCAUUGCAAUAAAAAAUUUUGUAAUCUUGGCCAUUCAAAGCUGAAAAUUAGAAAAUGGACCACAAUACCACUUAUGCCUGUGUGGAAUAUGAUCUAGGAGAAGAACAACGCUUGGAAGGAAUGUGUCGAGUGUGUGCCUCAUCGAGCUGUGAAUUAACACCUGUAUUUGAUUCUUCUGGUCAAAGCGAAGGGAUUGUCGACCUGAUUAACAAUCAUCUACCUAUUUUGGUUACUCCGACUGACCUCUUACCAAUUACAAUUUGUGCUGCAUGCAUUGAGACUCUAUCCUCAAUCCACAACCUUGUAGAAGUAUGUGUGAAAGCGAAUGAAAAGAUGCAGCAAAUGCUUCAGGAUGUUGAAGUAGACUUCACUGAAGUGAGUUGUCUGGAAAGUUAUGGAGUCCCAAAUGAAGAAGUCUGUGAAUCCUCUUUUAAGCUUGUACCUUCAGUUGAAAGGGAUGAGGAAAAGGAAUUGGAAGUGAACACAUUGAUUGAAGACCAAUUAGUUAAUGUGGAGACAAGUGAAGCUUCUCAGGAUCCACCAAAUGAAUCUUUAAACAGAGAAAAAAAAUUAUAUCGCUGUCUCCAUUGUGACAUGACUGAUAGUAAUGCAUAUUUGUUAUUGCUUCAUCAAAUUAAGUCUCAUCCUGGAAAAUUGUUAAAAUGCAGUGACUGUGACUUUGUGUACAGUGCAGAUCAGAGAAACAAGUAUAAUGAACACUUAAAACAACAUGUCAAAGACCACUCUACAUCAGUAAGACAGCAUGUGUCAGAUAGUUCAGUGCCUAUGCAGAAUUUGGACCUAGAGGACGUUUCGUGUGGACUCAAUGUGGAUGUACAAAACUCUUCAAAACCUAAAGGUAGCACUAAAGUGGUUUCUAAAUCAUACGGCCGCAAGAAGAAUUCCAAUGAUAAAUUGACUUCACCCAAUGGCGUAGUAAGAAACACUGUAAAUGCUGAGGUUCAUUGGCGUUGUGGCUUUUGUGGAAUGAAGGCCAAAUCAAAAAUGGGUUUGAAUAAUCAUUGCAAGCAAAGACACAAAGAACGUGUUGGAAUGGCAUUUUCUAGUUCUGACACACUGGAAUGCUCCAGAUGUAAACUGACUUUUGGAAGUGAAGUUUGGCUUAAAGACCAUCUCUGUCACUCCGUCUUUUUGCCAAAAACAGUUCCUUCUCCAAAGCAACUGACUUGCCUCACAUGCCCUGAAGUGUUUACUGAUGUUAAAGACUUCCGUGAGCACCUCUUGUCGCAUACCAAUUCCGUCAAGUGCCAUAUUUGUGGGGCUCAUUUCCGAUCGCAAGUGCAUCUUCAGCCUCAUCUUCUAAAGCAUGAGAGAAAAAAAUACCUGCAGUGCCCAUAUUGUCCAAGAAGUUUUAAAUUAAGGUCCCGGAUGAAAAUACAUCUAAGAACACAUACAGGAGAAAGGCCAUUUAUGUGUGUCAAAUGUGGAAAACAAUUUUCAACAGAUAGUGGUUUCCGCUUACAUAUGGCUGCACAUGAAGGAAAGAAACGAUAUGUGUGUUCACUGUGUGGUCAAACAUUCAACCGUCCAUCAAACUUAAGAAGACAUGAGACUUCUUGUGGUGGAACUAAAUUGCAAUGCAGCAUAUGCAAGGAAAAAUUCUCAUCCAGAGAAGAAAUGCAUUGCCACAGAGCCAUGCACAGUAAAGAAGAAAAAGAUGCAGAGCAGACCCAGUUAAUCGCUGAUGGUACCUCAAAACAGUUUUCUUGCAAAGUUUGUGGGAUGAAGUUUGAUCGUGUUGUUGAACUGUCACAGCAUAGAAAAGAGUCUCACACUGCAGUAGAAGUUGAAGAAGCUAAGAAAGCUGGUCACGUAGAUGGUGGAGCUUAUGUGUGUCCAAACUGUGGUAAAGAGGUGUACAACAAGAAAAAUUAUGAUAGGCACAUGCUUCUCCAUACUGGCAACACCCAGUAUCAAUGUCAGGAAUGUUCCAACAUCUACUCCACAAAAUUUGCUCUCGAGUACCAUAUGUAUACUCACACAGGUGAACGCCCAUUUAAGUGCGAUUUAUGUCCUGAAGGUUUUAAGACCAGGAUAAGCCAGAAGAUCCACCGAAUGAAGCACACUGGUGAAAAGCCUUACAAAUGCCGCAUCUGUUCAAUGGGCUUUAUCACAGCAGCAAGUUUGCGUCUCCAUCUUGUAACCCAUUCAGACUCUCGAAUGUUUUCAUGCAGUUACUGCCCAGCGACAUUCAAGAGAAAAAAAACCCUUGUCACUCACAUUCGCAUCCACACUGGAGAAAAACCUUAUACCUGUAAAUUUUGUAAUAAACGUUUUACGCAGAAAGGAUCAUGUUCGCAACACGAGAAGACUCACACAGAUAUGAAAAAUUCAAGAGCAGUAGAUAGCGAUAUGCAUGUGACUGUUAUUAAAAACUGGAGGAGUGAUGAUGUUGAAUCUUUUGCCCAAGAUGAAUCAAACAGAAUAGACAUUCUAGUUGCUCAAGAUGGAGGCAAUGCUGCCAAUAGUGCCCAGUGCGAGGAGGUGCAGCACAUGGUUCUCAUUCAGCAAGAUGUGGACUGUGUCAUUGGUGAACCAGAUCUGAUGGAAAUCAGUGAAGAUAUGGUACUUGUUGGCAAAAAACAUGCAAUAAUUAUUGAACAAGAUGGCAUUUUGGCAGAGACCCCGGUGACAGGAUUAAAAGAUGCCAAUUCAGACCCUCAAAUGCCUGUACCUGAUGAAUAAUGUAGUUGAGUAAAAUAAAUGGAAGGAAAUAUAAAUUCUA